AUGGUCAAUUUUGAAGUUACACAUACCACUGUGGAUGCUCUUAUACUUUCGCAAAUCUUGUCCGAGUAUGGGCUUGAACAUAAAUUUAAGCAUUUUGAUGCGCGCCGCUUUUUCUUACCACGACCGCCUGGCCUAUUUCCAAAGCCAGCCUUGGAUUUCUGGUCAAUACGGUAUAUAAACCGCCUGAAGCCAGCGAUCAUUUCUGCUAGCAGAGAUACUACGGAGAUAGUAUUCCGUGCCAAGAUCUUUGUAAACUAUUACAUUACACUUCGGUCCCAACAACUGCAAAACAACGAUAUCUCUCACUGCAUCUUUACGCAACAAUUUUGGUAUUCUGUCUGUCAAAUGAUUGAAGCAGGAGCCUCGCAAUGUAUAGCCGAGGUGUGCACUGAACUUGCUACAUGCUACUAG